UCCGACCGAGUACACUUCGAUUGAAAUUGUUUAUACUGAAGUUUAUGUAAUUUUGUGCAAAGCCAGUACGAAGUUAGUCAUAAUGAGAGUUUUUGUACCUCUAAUUGUAAGUCACGUUCAGCAGGUUCUAUCGGUGUUAUCUGACGCUAGUCCAAUAUACCUUCGUGCUAUAAAAUGCCUGGACAACAAAAAGUGUGCUGUGGGAAUCGUCGAUGAGAAUUACAAUAAGCUACCAACAGAGUACCCGAGCGAAGAACGGUGUGCUGAGCUGUGUAGAGCCUCUAUGUAUGCCGAAACAAAAAGCGUAGGAGAAAAGAAGACUCCGCUGAUACUCAUGUUCUUAACUGGUAAUCAACAAGAAAAGAGCAGCUUGGAUGUCGCCAAUAAAGCUAAGACACGAAGACGAGGUUCUGACAGCAGUUCUGAAGAGGACGAUUCAAAGGAGAGCAGAGGUGACAGAAAUCCUGACAACCCGUACAGCACGCGGGAUAAUAAGUACAAGCUUAACACUGUUUGGAAUUACCAAAUGAGCGGUAACCAUCUGAAUCUGAACCCCAAAGCCCCAAGUUUUGGCAGCAUGGAACCAUCCCCAGUCAAGCUAUUUCGCGGUAGAAAAUGGUGGUACUUUAACCAGGACGACUACUUGCCAAUGAAUUGAUCCAGAAACUACAAUUUAAUCGCUUUUUUAGUUUCCAAAAUAUAAAUGAUAAUUUAAAUUGUAAAGCUACGCAAUUUACACAUUUUAAAUGAGCUUUCACUUUUGCAUCGACUAAGUAAGUUUACAUUUUGAAAUGUAAACUUACUCCAACACAAUUUAUUUAAUGAGAAGCCCUAAAUUUGAGAGCGGUCUCAAACUUAUGCGCGGCCUUUUUUUAAAUAAAGAUUCCAAAAAGCA